GCUUCGUGUUGUUCUGGCUCUGCUGACCAGUAUUCCAUAUGCACCGAAGCCGAAACGGAAGCAAACGCAGCAACAGUCCACUCUCAGACAUCAGAGGAAAAGCGCCGGACUUGCAGAAUUCUUCUCGUCCAGUGAGAACAAAGUGAAUAAUUUUUUUUUGCGAACUGUGUGAUUGUGUUUUUAAGUGCGCUGUGAGCCAGGAAGCUUAAUAUUCAAAAAUUAAGAAACUGAGAGAGAAAUCAUCUCAACUGCCUAAAAAAGAGAUAAUAAAACGCUGCGACGCCUCUUCCAAUGUUUAUGUAAACGCUGAGAAGCGGCCAACCGAGACGCUGGGACACUGAGAGAAACGAAUGCGACGAGAAUUGGGGCGUUGAUUUGCGACAGCCAAACCGGAAAUCAGCACAACCAGCUGCUGCCGGGACACGCGGAAACGAGGACACAAGCCAAGCAGGACACGAACGCAAAAGGAUUGCAAGAUGCGUGGCCGUCACUUGCGUCGCCGCUUCAGCCUGCAGCCCUCAUUCAUGAAGGAUGACAACGCCGAAGAUAAGCCCAAGCGCGACAAAGUGGGCAGAAACAACGCGGUGGACGACGCCAUCGGACCCGCCAACGCCCGCCACAAAAUCGUUGUCAUGGGCUCGGCCAAGGUGGGCAAGACAUCAAUAAUCACACAGUUUCUGUACAAUACAUUCAGCACCAAGUACAAGCGAACCAUCGAGGAGAUGCACCAAGGCAACUUCUCCAUUGCCGGCGUUAGCCUCACCCUCGACAUCCUGGACACCGCCGGCUCUUACGAGUUCCCAGCGAUGCGAGCUCUCUCAAUAUCCUCAGCGGACGCCUUCAUCCUGGUUUACGAUGUCACUGAUGCCAGCACAUUUGAGGAGGUGCGCACGAUCCGCGACCAGAUCCAUGAGACGAAAGCCACCUCGGCGGUGCCUAUUGUGGUCGUUGGAAACAAGAUCGACCUCCUGGCUGACGGUGAAACGGAGCGCGAGGUUGAGUAUGCCACCACUGAAUCGGUGGUCACGGUGGACUGGGAAAACGGCUUCGUUGAAGCCUCCGCUGCAAGUAACGAGAACAUUACUCAGGUGUUCAAGGAACUGCUGGCCCAGGCAAAGAUAACCUACAACCUGAGUCCAGCGCUACGUCGCCGCCGUCAGUCGUUGCCGCAGCAGAUUGGUAAUAAUGGGCCGGGAACUCCUCUGCACCACCACCAGCAUCAUCAACAUCAGGCGCAGCAACACCACCACAACGCAGGUGGCGGAUCGGCGUCCACUUCUGCGGCGGCGGCUGCUGCGGCGUCUGGUUCCGGAAGCGGCGGCCAUGGAUCCCACGCCCCCACACCCGCCCAACUGCAGCACCUGCAGCGCAUCCAAGAGCGGAGUCUGGGCGCCAAACGCAAUUCGUGCAGCAUCUCCUAAGGAUCGCGAAAAGGUAAACUAAAUGGUCUCCUACAAACGGUUCUCAGUACUUUUUCAAUAAUGUAAAACAAAAAUCCACAAAUAUGCAAAGAAUAGACUGGGUCGAGUGUUAGGAGUGGCAACCAAUCUUUUCGGGCUCAGCUAGCAAGCGUAGUUAUUAUCUGAAACGUAACGUAACGUAACGUAGUUAUUAAUGAAACCUAAGGAAAGGAGAUCUUUGUCUAAAGUAAUAAAUCAAAAAUUGUAUUCCCAAUACGUAGGUUUCCUGGGCAUCUUAGAAACUUUGCCAAAAACUUGUGUUCAUGGUCAUUAUAUUUCUAAUUUGAUCUUAAAUCAUUCCGCUUAAACUUUCACCUCAAUGCUUAAAGAUUGGUCUCCACUCCUACUAUUUCUAACCAUUUGACAUCUAACCGAAUUGGCCCACACUAUCGUAGAGCAAUCUCGACUUAAAUGUACCUCUCUCUAUUGCUAGUGUUGCUCUAAUACUUUAGUACCUAUCUUAAGCCUCUGGUUUCUCAAAACU